ACCUAUUUCCGGUGUUGAUUUUUACAACAACCACCACAAACAUUGAUACAAAAUACAUCUUACUCGUCUUAUCCAAUUACGAUCUUACAGUGUUAACAAUGGAUUUGUUUGGCGACUUGCCUGAGCCAGCGACAUCCAACUGUACAAGUGAAUCAGCAAGUCUCUACGAUGACAUUCCAAUUAAAAAUGACACAAGUGCCACCAAAGCCCAAGAGAGUGAGAAGAUCCAGAGAAACUGUAAACGUAAAGCAGAGGAAGACGAUAAAAAAUCCACAAAGUUAAAAACAUCUGUAAAGUACAGAUUGUCUCCAUUCUAUGCCGAGCGACAAGGAGAGAGGGAUGAAAUGCAGGAUGAGCACAUCCUAAUGGAGGACAUCACACAGCAGAUACCAAACCUCCAUCCAUCUGUGUAUCGAGUUUCCUUUUUCGCUGUCUAUGAUGGGCAUGGUGGAGCCAGGGCUUCUAGGUUUGCAUCCAGACAUUUGCAUAAAUUUCUCCUGGAUAAGUUCCCAAAGGGUGAAGUGUCUAUUGUUGAGAAAGAAAUGAAGAAAACCUUAGUAGAAACUUUCAAAAAGACAGAUGAAGAAUUUCUGAAAGAAGCAACAAAAACAAAACCAUCUUGGAAGGAUGGAACAACAGCUACAGUAAUGGUGGUUAUUAAUGAAACAGUGUUCAUAGCUUGGCUUGGAGACAGCCAGGCAGUCUUGUGCCGACAGAAGGAAGAUAACUCUUGCAUUCCAAUCCCACUGACGACGGAACACAGUCCCUCGGUGUAUGAAGAGAGGAUCAGAAUUCAGAAAGCAGGCGGACAUGUCAAGGACGGUCGAGUGUUGGGAGUCUUGGAGGUGUCAAGGUCAAUUGGAGAUGGCCAGUAUAAGAAGCUCGGUGUGUCUUGUGUACCUGACGUCAAAAAAUGUCAGCUGACUGAUCAAGACAGGUAUAUUGUAUUGGCUUGCGACGGUUUGUGGAAGCGAUUCUCUUCUAGUGAAUGCAUCAGCUUCACAAAUAACCUUUUAGAGGAUGCAAGCAUACCGGAAUCUAAUGAUAAAACAGCAAUGGAGGUGCGUUGUCGGAACGUCUGCCAAAAAUUAGCAAAUGAAGCGGUUCUUCGACUCAGCGCAGACAAUGUGACUGUGAUACUAAUAUCCGUCAACAAAACGUGACCUUAAGUACAUCAGAAAAAAAAACUUCACAUGCUGCAGCUGUUUACCUUAGAAUUGUCUGAACCUUAUCCUCGAAAUCCAUGGAUUUUUUUUAUUAAGAAAAUGUUGGUAUUAUUGAUGAAAAAAUUUUGGAAUGUGAAUAAGAUUUAUGAAUCUUUAAGUCUAUAUAAAAUGACUUAAUUGUUCGAGAAAUGAAGAGUGUUAAAAUAACCAUGCAGAGUACUGUCUGUAAUUUUGUUGAAAACAGAUUUCCUUUUGUGGGUACCGUGUACCCUAUCAUGAAAUGCACACGCUGUACCUUUCAGGAUGUAUGAAAUUCAAGUCAAACGAACGUGUAAUUUACUAUUCAAACCUUGUCAAUAAAAUAUACAUGACACCCUUUCAUUUUACUCAGGAAUUAAACACGCUCAUAAGUUCAUGGUAACACUUUUCGUGUAUCUUUUCUCUGCUUGUAAAAUGUUGGGGAAAAAAAUAAACCAAGAAAUGAAAACAUA